GUAAAACGACAAGGGAGGAUACGGAGUCAGCCUGGACUGGGGACAGUGACAAAGGCAUAAGCAGCUGCUUGUUUGGGAGAAACAUGGGUGAUGGAGUAAGAACUCGAGAGACUCCGUAGGGGGACUUACGGAGAAGUUAAUGACAUGAGCAGAGUUUUUGCUGUACCCUGAAGAAGGCCUGUGCCUGAUCACUGCAGUUCAGAGCAGGGAUCUAAACCAGUUGUUCAGAUGAUACCUGACUUACCUCUGUACUCUGGGUGAAAAUAAUUCCUUUCUGUAGUGCUGGUGAAGGGACACACAGGGAGCUGUAAUGGGGAUUGUGGUGGCCUUAUUGGUGUGAUGGGUAUAAAAAAGAAAAAAAAAGGAAAGAAAAAAAAAAUCCACUGUAGAAGUUACUGAGGCAGCUGGCAACAAACAGUAAAUAAGGAAGAAAACAACCAACAAAUUCACCACUUGCAUUUACAGUGUGCAUUAACGAGUUAUCACACUGAAUGCUUCAGGAGAUUACUGUCAAGUGUUACAACUGUGAAAGUUCCAGGCUCUUGGCAUCACCAAGGGAGCACCUGGAGGGAACAUCCUGGAGCAUCUCAGCAUGCAGAGUGCCAGUGGAAAAGAAACAGCAUUUUGAAGGCUGCAUCGGCUAGAGAAGACUAAUGGACAGCAAAUGUUUGAGACUACUUGUGAAAGAAGAUUGUGUCAGCCAGGACUGAGAGGAGGAAAUGCUGCUGUCUGACCAGAAACGCCUUCCCUCCUGCUUGUGGAAAGCUGUCUUCCACUGGGACAGAGGUGAAACUCCGGCAGUGCGCAGUUGUUGAGCCGUGCUCCCCAGACCUGCAGCUCUCCCCGGGAAGAACCCAGAGCAGUUACACGUGUGUCACCUGGACAAAAUGUAAAACCUCGCUGUCAGACUGCCCUGUCCCUGGUAUUUAUGAGCCGCCAUUUCUUGUAUUAUUUUGGUGAACCUACUCUGGAUGUGAAGAUUGCCUUUUGUCAGGUGUGUGUUCCUUACAGGUAAAACAAGGGAUUUGGGAAACAAGUGGAUGUGUCAUACAUUGCCAAACAUUACAACAUGAGCAAAAGCAAAGUUGACAACCAGUUCUACAGCGUGGAAGUGGGUGACUCGACCUUCACAGUCCUCAAACGCUACCAGAACUUGAAACCCAUUGGCUCUGGGGCUCAGGGAAUAGUUUGCGCUGCCUACGAUGCUGUCCUGGACAGGAACGUGGCCAUUAAGAAGCUCAGCAGACCAUUCCAGAACCAAACACACGCCAAGAGAGCUUACAGGGAGCUGGUCCUCAUGAAGUGUGUGAACCAUAAAAAUAUUAUCAGUUUAUUAAAUGUCUUCACACCACAGAAAUCUCUGGAGGAGUUCCAGGAUGUCUACCUGGUAAUGGAGUUAAUGGAUGCCAACCUGUGCCAGGUGAUUCAGAUGGAGCUGGACCACGAGAGAAUGUCUUACCUUCUGUACCAAAUGCUCUGUGGAAUCAAGCAUCUCCACUCUGCGGGGAUUAUUCACAGGGAUUUAAAACCCAGUAACAUCGUAGUGAAAUCUGACUGCACGUUGAAGAUCCUGGACUUUGGGCUGGCCAGGACGGCAGGCACCAGCUUCAUGAUGACCCCGUACGUGGUGACGCGGUACUACCGAGCGCCCGAGGUGAUCCUGGGCAUGGGCUACAAGGAGAACGUGGAUAUUUGGUCUGUGGGAUGCAUUAUGGGAGAAAUGGUUCGCCACAAAAUCCUCUUUCCAGGAAGGGACUAUAUUGAUCAGUGGAACAAAGUCAUUGAGCAGCUGGGCACGCCCUGUCCGGAAUUCAUGAAGAAGCUGCAGCCCACAGUGCGGAACUACGUCGAGAACAGACCCAAGUAUGCUGGCCUCACCUUCCCCAAACUCUUCCCAGACUCUCUCUUCCCAGCAGACUCGGAACACAACAAACUCAAAGCCAGCCAAGCCAGGGACCUCUUGUCAAAGAUGCUGGUGAUCGACCCUGCCAAGAGGAUAUCGGUGGACGAGGCCUUACAGCAUCCCUACAUCAACGUGUGGUACGACCCCGCCGAGGUGGAGGCGCCUCCCCCUCAGAUAUAUGAUAAACAACUGGAUGAAAGGGAACAUACAAUCGAGGAAUGGAAAGAACUCAUCUACAAAGAAGUCAUGAAUUCUGAAGAAAAGACCAAAAAUGGCGUAGUAAAAGGACAGCCUUCUCCUUCAGGUGCAGCAGUGAACAGCAGUGAGAGCCUCCCUCCAUCCUCAUCUGUCAACGACAUCUCCUCCAUGUCCACGGAUCAAACCCUGGCGUCUGACACGGACAGCAGCCUGGAAGCCUCUGCGGGGCCCCUCGGGUGCUGCAGGUGACUAGCCGCCUGCCUGCGGAACCCGGCCUUCUUCAGAGGAUGACGGAGCCCAGGAGGGGAGAUGAUGGGAGCUCAGAGAUGGAAAGAGAGGAAUAAAAUACAGAGAUUCAAGCGAAACAAACAAACAAACAAACAAACAAAAAAUCUUUUCAGCCUGCUUCUCCUACAGAGUUAUGUAACGCAGCUAAGCUCAAGUGUGUAUUUAACUUAUAGUUGCUCUGCUUUGGUCUUCUUCCAGUGAUGCUUACCAGGGGGGGAAAUGAAAAAAGGAAACUGAAAAAAUCCUUUUUUUACCCCCCUCCCCACAAGAUGUAAAAUGAAUGGCUGCAAAACCAGCAAGCUGCAGCAGUCCUUUUCACGCUGGCAUGACAAGGUGUGCAGUGGCCACGCUCCGCGUUCGGGUGUGCCUGCCCUGCCCAGCUCUGCCCGCUGCCCAGCGAGGCAGCCGGGGUCUGUGCAUCCUCCUCACACACAAACUGCUCAAACACACACACAGGGGCCAAGAGAGCCCUGGCAGGGCAGGCAGCUGUGCCUGCACAGGCACUCACAGCCACCCAUGGCCCAGCCCAGGCAAACUGCUCAGCAACAGGUGGGAUCUUCCACGUUCUGUCUGUUUGCUCAUUGGUGAGGUUGCACACACUGUGUGAGGACCCGUGGAAGUGUAAAUAACCACACAGAGCUGUGGCUCCCUCAGACACUUGAAGAUGUAGCACCAAAUUUCUGCUGAGAGUUGUAUAUAUAUUUUGAAAUAAUAACCAGUUUUAUUGAAAGAAGAAGCCGCCGAGCUUCAUAGAAAAAUGCUAGUUUGUGAAUGUUAAAACUUGUUCUGAUUUUUCGAGCAGAUAUGCCAAGAUAAGACUGGGUUAGAAGGAAGCACAUGUAUCUUUGCAAGCUACAGGGAUCAAGAAUGAAGGGGCUUUCUGCAUGUCUAAGCCCAGGAAGGUAUCAGUAAGCAACGUUUUCUGUCAAUGUUAAGUGAGUUAUCACCUUAGGUCAUAGAUAGGCUCGCUGUUUUGAAGUACAUGUAUGUUUGUAAAUUAGAGGGGAUGACAGGGUUGGGGAACGAGCAGACUAUGAUCGAAAGGAUAUGCACCACCUCGUUUUUAUUUUAUGUCUAGAUCUUUAUUAGGUUAGCUAGAGAAAGGAUAUUUGCAGCCCACUCCCUGUCAGUGUGUGUUUGCAGUUUAGAGGUGUUUUCCCAUUUUACCAUUCCCUUGCAGGCCCUUCUGCUGCUCAGAGAACAGGCAUUCUGUUCCUUUCCUCAUGACAAACCAUUGGACUCCCCAGGAGGUUUCAGCAUCUUGUUGCACAGAAAAGAAGCACAGAGUGCAUGGGUCUAGUUUCCCUCCAUUCUGACAUCCAGGGUUCUCUCUCAGCUCACGUGGGGCGCAGCCAGGGGUCUUGGGCAGCCUGGACAAGUUCUGAAGAACCCAACAGUGACUGAAUAUCAAAUUGAAUUUGCCAGGUGAUAAAGCAGAGGAUUUCCCGUGGUGAGUAACAGCAAGUGGUUUUAGUAGAGAAUGACAAAAUGCCACACAGAAUUUCAGAACAAUCAAAUAUUUUUCCAGCCAAAACAGCAAUUGGCAUUUUCCACUGCAAGGUCAUCAUUAUCUGAGUUGGAAAUUAAGUAAAAUCCAAGUCAUCUGUCCUUUUACCAAAGUGUGCCAUGUAAACUGAAAUGAGCUAAAUCCUACUCUGAUGCUUUUCCAAAUGCCAGAGAGAGAAACUGUUUAGGCUGUGUUAGUGGAUAUAUUAAAUUCAUUAAUUCCUUUGUAUUCAAAACUCUACAAAAAUAGGACUGUUCCAUUGGGUGGCUUCCAAGCCUGCCAUUCUGUGCUAGGAGAAGAAAAAAUUAGUAUCAAGUCAGAUUUUGUUCAAAGGGAAGAAAGGGAAGAAAAAAACCUACUCUCCAGGAUGGGGAGGAAGGAAGAUAAAAAUUAAGAGGAUAUAAAAUAAAAUCAGACUUGCUAAGUCUGAGCUGUAUCAGAAUUGCUCUAGGAAAUGGGGGUCUUUCCCUGGUUAUAUUUUUGGUAGGUUUUUAUCAAUUUUUUUAGUAAUAAAAUUAGGUUGUUAGUGUUCUAAAAACUCAGAGCAGUAAUUUCAAAAGCAAUAAUUUACUACUGCUAAAUAUAUUUAGCAAUAUUCUCUCUUAAGCCAUGAAACAUCAGGUCACUGUUGAGUGACAUAACUCUUACUCCAAAGCCAAUGAUCAUAAAAGUAUCAAUAGGUUAACAGCAAAGUUUUGUAGGUAUGUAGGCAAUAACACCAAGGGUGACUUCCUAGCAAUAAUGAAAUGUAUCACCUCCAGAUUUAAUUCACCAUAGAUACAUAUUAAUAAUAUUCAGGUAACUAGUAUCUACUUUACAUUCCUUAGUGUGCACCAUUUGGGUGUUAGUUAAACCUAAACUGAGUCUCGUUGAGGCAAAACUGCAGAAGUAUCACCAGUGCAGCUGUAGAAACUCGGAUGAUGGCAGUUCAUUGCCAGGGAUGUUGUGGAGCUGUGGCAUAACAAACAGCCAUUUGCACUAGAUGAGACUUGCAGCCCUCCGUGUGCGAUCUCUUGAAGGCAAAUCCGUGUCCCAUGGGAUAACCCAGCCCUGCCUGGGCCGUGGGUGCAGGGUGGAGAGGCAGAGGAGGGGUCCCUAGGGCGGUGCUGAGUGGCCCCACAGCACAGGAGCUACACAAUCAGCUUUGUUCCCUGACUCUGCUGAGCACCAGUGCUUGUUUAACACCUCGUGGAGACUGCAGGAUGCUUACAGAAACUGGACUGGCGUGUGCUUUUGUCCUUUGCUCAGCAGUGAGCGACAGCAGCAUGUGCUUAAGUGCCUUGCUGAAACGGGGCCUGAAGGAAUUAGUGCAUCUCUUUUUGUCCUCAGAUUAGUCUCCUUCAUGGGAAGCUCUGCCUGGGGGAGGAGACUUGGAGCUGUCCACAUUGGACUCUAGAAAAAAAAGCCAUCAAUGAAGAAAAGCAUUAGUUCUUUACAAUUCUGGUCCUAGUGUGUCCAAACUGAAGCAGUGACCAUCAGGCAGGAGUAGCAUCCUUUGUUUUGCUUUGUGGCAGGAAUUCGGUGCUGUCAGCUGAUACCUGACAAUAACACAUGGACUCUUGAAUACAGGAUCGUAGUGGUGAUGUUCUGAGGCUGUUCUAAGGGAAACCACUUCUGUUUUCUGAUUCUAGAAGUUUUGAUACCGCCCUCUUAAAAUCUCUUCCCAUUUAUUCCAAAAUUUUGUUCUGCUUGAUAGUGAUAGAGCUUUUCUUAAUUUUACCAUUGAUCUUUUAAACCUCCUUCUGCUUAACAUGUUACUAAAUACAGUACUUUGGCAACAUUUUUCACGGAAUUCUCUGAGGUCUGCAGUUGUAAGCAUUAUUGCCACCGCUGCAGAAGGGAAGGAAAUUGGGAAGCCAAAGAUCUGUGGCAGAUGUUCCAAGGCAUUUAGGCACCAAGGGGCAAUCAGAGAGGCUGUGCCAGAAGUGGCAUAACCCACAUCAUCCUGAAUGGCAGCUGGAUACCUUGGCACUCCUGAAAAUGCACCUGAGAGCCUCAAUACCCAAGGAAAUUCUGUCCCUCGUGGCUCACCUGAGUCAUGCACCAGGCAUCAGCAGGAGAAUGGCAGCAGCAGUGUCUGCAGGGGCUGCUCAGAGCACCAGCUGCACUGAGGUGGUGGAGAGGAAAGCUGCUCAGAACAUCCCUGCUGCUUUUUCAGAUGGACAGCUUUGGGAUAGUAUGAGGGGAAAAAAAAUACAGCAGUCAGAACAGCUCUUAAAAGACCCUCCCUCCAUUUUCUUUCUCACUGCUGAGUUGAAAUGAGGAUGAGGCAUUGAUUUAUUACAAGUUAAUGCAAGGUUAUGUAUGUCUUCAAUCCAAAAUUUUUGGUAAUUUUUGAAAAACAGUCUUCAGAUACUGGCUGGGGAACUGCAAAGUAUUUUGUGAGUUUUGACUAUAUUCCGUGACAAUAUAUCUUCAGAGAGUUCAGAUAUUUGGGUUGAUCACUGUGAUUUAUGCACAUUGUAUUGUGGUUGAUGUUUGCCCCUCCUGUCUAGAAUUCCAUGGCACAAAUAGAUCCAUGAAUCAUAGCAAGUUUGCAUGACAUAAAACAGACUUAAAUUGGAGUGCAAGUAUGGUAGUGUGUAAAAAAACCCACAAAAAACCCCACAAAAAGGCCCAAACAGCAAAGCCUGAAAGCCUGAUGAGGUUUUCCAGGCCCUAAUGCACUGGUGGUUUUCCUCUGGAAAUCACCAGUUCUGCACAGCUUGGCCUCUGAAGGUUACACAGGACAGAUGAUCAUCUCACUAUGUCACUCUUCCAAAUUUAUAAGCAAUUUGGUUCGUAUAUAUUCCUUUAUCUUCAUAUAUAUUGCUUUACUUCCUAAUUCUGGGGUAGCAAUACUGAAGAAAUUAGACCUGUUGCAGUGCCUUUAGGGAAUUUCCCAAAGUAGUACUACUUAACUGAUUUAGAUUGUAUUCUAAAUUUGUCAGUGAGCACCAGUGAUUUCUUUUCCAACAAUUUAUUUUCUCAUGAAAAACAUGCUAGUAGUAACUUUUAGAACUGCCUGAGAGAGUCACUUCUAGAAAAUCUCCCAAAUAUUUUAUUAAAAAGUGGUUUUAAUAUGCUGGAAUUAUUGUAAAAUGGAAUUGGAAUAUUUUAAUUCAAAGUAAUUUCUAGUAACCAAUGCUAGCUUAUAUUUAUAUUGCAAGCUUCACAGUAGUUCAAAUGAUCAAAAACUAUUUUAGUUUCAGAUCUAUUUAUUUCUAUUCAGAUCUGUUUAUAUUUCUUCCUUCAUGCUUAUUGAGAGUUUAAAAUUUUGUGUGAAUUCAAACAUGCAAGAACACACAAACAAACAAAAAAGGCAUUUUGCAAUGGACUCUGUGCUUCCAGGGAGAGCAAUAUGAAAGGGAAACCUGCAGGGAACAAUUAGUUUUCUUUUUAAAGUCUGAGCUAGUGGUUCAGUUUGUGUUUAGGCUUUUCUUUCUCUUUGCUGCUGUAGGUGUGUGUAGGGAAGAGAAGGGUGCACAUAUGGAUUUUAGAACCUCUGCCCCAUUUGUGCUUGAUCCAAGUUCCCAGUGUGGAUAAAGAGAGGGAUUGUUACACAAUAAUCACACAUCUUCAAGAAUCUGAUGGCCGUGCUUAUUUGAACUUCCACCACUGUACAAAGGACACAGUUAACUAACUGCAAGCUCAAGGUGAUCUUUUCACACACAAACACACACAAAAAAAUCAUUGUGCAGUAGGUCUGAAUAUCACAUGAAUAUGUAAUUGUCUUAAUUAGUAAGAUGCUGGGGGUAUGCAGGGGAAUGGUGAAUGUGUCCUCUUCACCAAUGAGCUGGAAACGACCUGUCCAGUGGAAUUUAGUGGAAUCUGCUCAGUGUAUGAGGAACUUGCCAGUGGGGCCUGAUUUCUCUUUCAUUUUUGUACUUGGUCUGGGUUUUUUAAUCAACUAUUGGUUGCAAGAAGUGAAAUGUUUAACUUAAUGCAUGUUCAGGCUCGUUGGCCUAUGGCAAGUUUUAGUUUUAGAGGGUUUGAUUCGACAAAAGAAUGUUGAAAAACUUCAACUGAGGCUAAUGGUGCCUUUUUACCUGAGAGGGAAAAGCUGAAAAGCACACAUUGAAGGAAGACACAGUCAAUUUGGGAAAUAAAUGAAUCCUUACCAUGCUUAUCAUUUCAGACAGGUCUCUUUUGCUAAUUUUCACUGAACAGGGCCAUUCUUGUCUUCUGGAAAGCAAGAUAUUUAUAAUGUAAAUAGUUGUAUGGAUUUAUUUUUUUCUUUCCUCUGUAACUAAUAUGUAAUAAUCCAACAUGCUAUUUCUGUUAAAACUUUUACAAUAAGGCUGCUGUUUGCCUAAAUAUGGUUGACCUCUGACCUUCUCCUGAGUCAGUCAUGUGCUGAUACAGGAGGGUGCUGGAAGUUUCAGUGUACAUAUAGAAUCAUGUAUAUUUAGUAAAUCGGGUAAGUGGGACUUAUGGCCAGUAUACAUUAAGCCACAACAGUAACAAAGCUCCAGAUCUUAACUAGAAAAAACAACUGUUCACCUUGCCAUGUCCAUCCUGUAAUAAGAUCUAAGUUGCACCUGCCUGUAGUUCUGCAUGAUCAGACUUCAAAGUAUAACUAAUAAGAUCUGUAAUGUAUCAGUGUUGAUAAACGUAGAUGUAAACAAGAAAAAAAAAAACAGAAAAAAAAAAGAAAAAGAAAAAAAAAGAAAAGAAAAAUUAAAUAACUUGACCAACAGAAGAAAAUCAACAACUGCAACAGCUCAGUAUCAAGCCUGGAAGAUGAGACAUGUCUGAUUUUGUUGCGCAGUUAUAACUGAAAAGAACAACCGGUGUCAGUCAGCAUAAUUGGACUACAGUAAGACUUUUGUCAAAGAACCAUUAUUUUCCAUCCUGUUUUGUUCUUACCCUGUUUACUUGGAGCAUCUGUUGUUCCCUGUGUGUGGCACAGGGGGAGCAGGCCCUCAGUGAUCAGUGUUCUAUGGGUCAGUGUCGCAUUAAUGAUUUCCAAUUUCUGUUUGUUUAGCAAUUACUGAGCCGAGAUGGGACUCUCAUGUUCUCCCAUGUGUCAAAAGGAAUCCUGUCAGAGCUUCCUCAUGAGGACACUCUUCUCACUGCUGUCCUGACUCCUGUCAGCUGAGUGACUUUGCAGUGCUCCCAGGGAGGAGCACAGCGGGCAGGGGCAGUGCCGGGGGUCCCGCUGCGGGCGCGCUGUGCCUUGCGCUGUCACACACAGGGGGGCUCAAAGUCACUCAGGGACAGGACUCACUGAAACGUGGUGUGUACUCUAUGCAUGACGCCUAUAUUACACCUUCAUGACCUUAUAGUGGUAAAGCUGAGGAUCUUUACAGAUGUGGAUUUGGACCAUCUUUUUUGUUUUGGAGGAAAACUGUCCUUAUCCCACAGACCACUCGCUCCUAUCCAGAGCAGCUAAAUGGAAGUUAAAGAGGUGCAGGGGCCUUCUCGGGACCGUGCCCACGGGUGAAUUUCAUGCUGUUUGAAUGUGAUCUUGCCAAAAAGCCUGUAUGUCUAGCAGGGGAGACUGUGACUGUCCUAUAAGGAGUGUUUGUGUUGUUUACUUUAAAACAAGCUUUGCUAAUUAAAGUAGUGUAUUCCGGAGUCUA